GGUGUAGUUAUUUUCCAUCAGGCUUGUGUUCACUAUUCAGCCACUUCAGAUAACGUUGUUACCUCAUCUGCCUCACACCUUCCUCAUUCCUCCCUUCUGUGUGUGCUCUCGUUCUCACUCUCUUUCCUACCUGGUUCACUUUCUCACGGUCUCUCGAGGGAGUAGCAGCUCUGAUCUUUAGCUCCACACAGUCCACAGUACCUCGUCUCCUCCAGGACUCCAGUCCACAGUACCUCGUCUCCUCCAGGGCUCCAGUCCACAGUACCUCGUCUCCUCCAGGACUCCAGUCCACAGUACCUCGUCUCCUCCAGGGCUCCAGUCCACAGUACCUCGUCUCCUCCAGGACUCCAAAAAGACAGUAUGGAGAAGAGCCAGUAUGGACCCCCGCUGGACGCGUCUGCUCCCCCCUACCCCUACCCCAGCUACCAGGGAAGUGGCGGGGGAACAGCCUACCCCCCUCAGCCUGGCUACCAGGGAAGUGGCGGGGGAACAGCCUACCCCCCUCAGCCUGGCUUCCAGGGAGGUCCCCAACCCGGCAUGUACCCACCACCUCCCCAAUACGACAUGGGCAUGGCACAACCUACAAAUGCCCCCAGCGUACCCCGUGACAAACGAGAACCAAGUUGUACAAACACAAGUAACCCAGGUGGUGGUGAUGCAGCAGCCGCUGCCUAGAGACGUGUCCGGCCAGAUGACGUGUCCACACUGUCAGGUCCAGGUUCUGACAGAGACCACACACACCACUGCACUACUCACCUGGGUCAUCUGUGGAGCCCUCUGCUGCUUCAUGUGCUGGCCAUGCUGUUUGAUUCCGUUCUGUGUUGACUCCUGUAAGGACGUAGAACACCGCUGCCCCAACUGCAAGAGAGUGAUCCACAUCCACAAACGCAUGUGAACAGACCAAGAUGAGACACCUGCCACAAAGUGAUCCACCUGCCAGAAAGUGAUCAUCUACUGUAUAUAUGAACAGCCACAGCCCACUGACAGUUCAGUGCGUAAUCCACAUCAGAAAUACAAUAGUCUACUGUCUCUCUGAAAUGACUGCAGCAGUAAAGCUUCCUCUACUGUCUCUGAAAUGACUACAGCAGGGCAGCUUCCUCUACUGUCUCUCUGAAAUGACUACAGCAGGGCAGCUUCCUCUACUGUCUCUCUGAAAUGACUACAGCAGGGCAGCUUCCUCUACUGUCUCUCUGAAAU